CCUCACAGUACUCUCGUGUCUCUAACAACAUUUUGCAUUUAUAUAUUUUCAUAUUUUGUGUAAAAUACUACCAAGUUUAUUAAUUCUUAAAAUGCAAUCCACAAUGGAAAAUCGCGAAGAUCAGGCUAUCACCAUGCUUAAUAGCAUGUCCUCUGUUCAGGAGAAGGAAGUCCGUAGUGCCAGCGAAGCCCUGGCUGAAGAAUUCGGCGAUGGCGAUGGCGAUGGCACAAGGACUUCUUGCGCAUUAUUGAUGAGCUCCAAGAACGCGGUAAGUGUCCGCCUAAACGCAGCCAAGGUCCUGGAAUCGCAGAUUACUGAUGGCAAGUACUGGGAGUCCCUCACCGCCGACCAGAGCUCAGAGAUCCUUGCUCUACUCUUCGAUGCAUUGAAGUCCCUGGUCGACGACGAUGUGGAGCAACUGCGUGGCCCCACCGUGCGCAUCGUGGGCUUGGCCAUGUCCCAGGAACCCGGCGAGUGGAGCUCCGCGAUCCUUGCCUUUGUGGAGGCCAAUUGUCUGUCGGUGGACGCGAAGGACCGCCAGUUGGGCGCCACUAUUUUUAGCCAACUUGCUAAGGAAACGCCCGAAGUGUUUCUGCACCAAAUGGAUCGAGCGCAGCGCAUAUUCCUCGAUGGCCUCCAGCUGGCCGAUAACGAGGGAUGCCUGGUGACCCCGAUCACAGAAGGCCUGGUCGUCGGCUGGACCCGAGCCUUGGCUGUCGGACACAAGAACAUGCAGGUCUCCGGCGAACUGAUCGAGCGAAUGCCCCUGAUAAUGCGCCUGUUCCGCCUGUGGCCAUAUGAGUCGGAAGAGCAGUACUGCUACCGGGGCUACCAGUUGGUGAAGAGUCUCCUGGACCAUUUGCCCGCCACCAUGGGCCGCCAGUUGCGUCUGUUGGUGCCGGAAGUUGUCUCUCUGGUGGCGGAUCACAAUCUGGCCAUGCCAAUGCGCAUCAUGGCCAUGGUUAUUCUGAGACGACUUCUUUUGGAGAGGUUCCGCAAGAUUAUUGAGCUGGAGAUGAUGGACGGUGUGCUCAUGGUUCUGUACCGCCUCAUUGGCGUGACCCUCGAGCCGGAAGGUGAGGCUCUGGAGGAUUAUCUGAACGCCUGUCGUGCGCAGAACUCCAUCGUGGGCCCCGCCGUCGAUACCGUCCGAUCGCUCUCCUCCCGCCUGGUGGCCGAUGAUUUCGUACCCCUGUGCCUGGACCUGGUCAGCUCACACCUGGAAACCAAGCCGCCGGCCAGCGAGCGACUGGGCAUCCUGAUCUUCUUGGGCGUGGUGGCGGAGGGCACCGUAGAUCAACUGGACGAGAUGCCAUUGGGACGCCUCCUGGCCUUAAUCGAGUGCGGACUGGAUGACCCGGCGGAGAUGAUGGUCAGGCGGGCGGCCCAGUUCGCGAUGUGCUUGAUGGUGGAGAACCUGCAGCCGGAGAUCACCCAGUUGGCCGAUCGUCUGAUGCCCCUGUACGUAUCCUGUUUCGAUCGAAUGGCCGUGGACUCCCCGCGGCUCUUUCAUUCCAUGGAGAUCCUGGUCGAGAGUCUGCGCGACGAUGUGGUCGCCAUACAUGUGCCCGAGCUGAUGGGCAGUUUCUUGAGACUCCUGGAAAAGGGCUGCAGCUCGGUUUUCGCACGGCAGAUGGCCUUGAGUGGCAUUGCCGUCGUAGGAAAGGUGGCCCCAGGGGAGGCACUGCAUCCCUAUUGCGACCGGGUUGUGGAUGCGGUCCAGCCGUGUCUCUAUUUUCCCGGCGAUGAUGCACUGCAGCUAAAGUCGCAGGCCUUGCGGGUUCUUGGAAUGAUUGGUCGAGUGAACAAAGAAAAGUUCUUCCCCUUGGCUUUGGAUCUUUUGGAGAUGAUAUUGUCCAUUCUCCAGGAAAGGAAUGCCAUUCCGAGGUUCACCUUUGACCUCUUGGGUCAGCUGUGUGCCACAGUUCCCGAUGCUUUCAAGGCCCCCUUUGACCUAAUCAUCAACAGCGUUUUCUGUGAGCUGUACAAAUCCCAGCAGGUGAAUAUCGAAACUGACGGAGAGUCUCAGUCGGAAAGUGAAAACCAGAACGAGGACGAGGUGGGGCUAUUGUUUGAAUAUAUGUCAACCCAGGAAUGCGACCAUGUGACCGACGAAAGGGAGGAGGCUGUGAGUUGCCUCAAGAGCCUGGUGGUUCACUUGCCAGAUCAGUUCGAUCGGUAUUUCAUGGAGGCCACUGACCUCCUGCUCCAGUGUACUCAAGAUUCAAGACGCCUAAGGCCGGAGGGAUUUUCCACCCUCAUCGAGAUUAUUUUGCACCAAUGGCGGCGGAACAAAGUCGACGAGGCCCAAAGUCUGUGCUCCAAGGUCCUUGCCCGGCUAUUUCGCUCCAUGCUGCAGACCUACCACCUUGACCACGUGAUCGGGGCUCUGAAUUGCUGCAAGACCCUGCUGCAGAAUCUCGGCAUGGCGACCUUCAAGAUACCCAAACAUGCCGACAAACUAUUCGCUAUUAUGCGAAAGGCUCUGCGUCGCAAACUCAAGUGCCAGAUCCAACAGGAAUUGAACUGCUACGAGGAUCUGGGCCCCGAGGACUGGAGUGAUUCAAGACUUUGGAGUAAACUGGUCCACCAGGAGUUCAUCCUCUUGCAGACGGUGAGCGAACUGCUUCCGGUCUUUGGUGACAUUGUGGGUCCCCAGAAGUUUGUCGCCUGUGUGAAGACGAUCAACCUACGAUCCCUGUGGCGUCCCCGAAAGGAUCUUGCCCGAAAGUACUUCCUCUGCGGCGUUAUCAUCCGCUGCUUGGAAUCCCUGGGCCACGAGGGCCAUCCGUACUAUGAGAUGCUCUGUAGAUGUACUGCCCAGGGUCUGCUGGCUAGCAAAAGGAAGUGGCGAAAGCGCAGCUUCGAGUCCUUGGUCGAAGUGGUCAAGUUAAUAGACCGAAAACCGGAGAUCAUCAUCACGACUUUGGCCAUUCCACUGGCCAACGCUCUGCGUGAGCCUGAGUCGUGGACUCGAACACAAAGGGAGCAGGGAUGUGUUCUGGCCAGUAAAAUGAUGCUACAGGACCAUACCAUUUGUCCUGUCAGCGAUUUUCUGGACAGCUUCUUGGAGUUGCUGCCUUUUAGGGAUAUACCAGAUGUGGAUUUGGAACAUGGACUGGUGGCUCAGGCCAUGUUGCUGGUCUACGAAGCCAAUGGUGAAGCUAUUCAGUCGAAAGUACCAAUGAUUCUGAAGGCUUUUAUGGAGAUACUAGAAGGGGAUUCGCUGAUGGACAAGGGAUCUCGCUAUGCCUUAGAUCUCAUUGAAGCGAUUAAGAAGGACCAGAUGAAGGAACUAGAAUCUCUCAAUUCUUUCCAGUAAAUAACCACAUAGUUUUAAACAGAUGUUUGUUGAUGCGUUCAAAAUUAUUGGAGUAACAACGGAAAUAACCGCAGUAGCUGGUAUUCCGGUGAAAAUUGUUAAGAAACUUUUACAAAUGUUGGAAACUCAAUGCUUUGAGAAAUUUCAAAAUUUAUGUUGAGCUUUUUAAAAGCCAGAAACAAAAUGUACACAAAUUUAAUGUUACAAUGUAAAAAGGCAAGGGAGUUGAAAUGGGGGCCAUAAAUGCUGUGCAAUUAGCAGCGAAAGAGCAGAACCUGAGAAGGAAUGAUGGUUGGCCCCUUCAACACCUUUUUGUCCUCGCGGUGGCGCCACCUGCCGGCCAGCCCCCAAGAUUUGGAAGCAACUUUGGCACGCUAAUGAACAACAAACUAUGGGUAACGUAACGAGAAACGGCAACAAAAUAUCGUCAAUAGGGCAAACGAAAUUACGGAAAUUAAAUGAAAUGCAAUUAACCAGCUAAAUGAGCCAGGACCUCGCGAAAAAGGGGAUUUUUCCAGGAGGCGGGGCAACAAUCAAGCGACUGAUGAGCAAUUAGGAAAUGUAAAAUUAGCAAGUGAACUUGGCCAAAAAGGAGAGAAGACAACAAGCCAAUUAAUUAAUAUUUAAUUGAUUGCAAAAAAAUCCAAGGGAAAUUCGUUGGUCAAACUUUUGUAAAAGCCUCUCGGAUUUUCUCAUAUUUCUUAGUUAUUUAUUAUUAAACCAUUGCGUAAUUAACGUUUGUCCAGCAAAUGUUUUUCUCGUG